UUGUGUUAUUUGUAUACAAGAAGUAAACACGUGCAAAGUGGUGUUAAGGUUUUUAAGUGAAUUUUUAUUUUGAUUUAAAUAAAAGAAAUUAUUGUAAAAAUUUGUUGAAAAAAUGGGUUUAACUAAACAAUAUUUAGCUUAUAGAGCUAUAGAUAGUUUUAAUAUAAUCGCCAGUGGUCGCAGUAAUGUGAAUUUUGUGAUUUAUAAUAAAAUUGAGGGUCGCUAUGUGGUGGCAGCCGCUGCUGAAAAUGUUAUAAUUUGGGAUUUAAGAUUGGGCGAACGUGUUGUAACCUUUAGACGUGACAAACAGGAGGUAACCGCUCUACGUGUAUCACCCGAUCGUCUUCACAUUGCUAUUGGCUACAAUGAUGGUGUAGUGGAAAUUUUCGAUUUAACCAAUCCUGAGGUAUCAGUUUGUUCCUUAGCUGUACACAAAUCGGCCAUAUCUAUCCUGCGUUACGAUGAACAGGGUAUACGUCUAGUAUGCGGUAGUUUAGAUUGUGAAUUAACGGUAAUCGAUGUUAUCGAACAGGCUGGUACACAACGUCUUAUUGGACAUAAUGCUCCCGUAACUGAUGCUCAUUUUAUGGAAAAGUUUAAAGAACAAAAUAUAGUGGUUAGUUGUUCUAAGGAUACACAAAUCAAAUUCUGGAAUUUGGAAACACAAUUUUGUUUUAAAACUAUUGUGGAUAAUCGUACUGAAGUCUGGGCUUUGGCAUUUGUAAAUGAUCUAAUGAUAGCCGGUUGUGGGGAAUCAACCAUGAAUGUAUAUCGCUUAAAACCUAGAGAUGUUUCACAAAUAGAUAAUCAAAAUUUGGAAGCUGCUGUUGAGGGUCUGUCAAUAGAUGAUGAGGAUACUAUUAGUCCCAUAACCGUCUUAAACUGUGGUGUUAUACAAAGAGCUGGCAAAGGACGUUGUGUUAAUUUGGUGGCAGAUGUAUCGGAAAAAAUAAUAUCUUGUCAUGGUACUAAUGAUUUAAUAGAAAAUUUCUAUAUUUGUAAUGAAGAGGAGGCGAAAAAGCGUUUACAGAAAAGAUUAAAGAAAUCUAAGAAAUCAUCAGAGGCAGAAGAUAACAAUGAAGAUAUUUCCAAAGAGUUAUCGCUAUCAGAUGAAAUUAAAAGGCUGGAGAGUAUAAAGGUAAAACAAAAGAUUAAAUCUAUAGAUGUUUUAUUGGGAGCCAAAGAUGAAUUGAGAGUUUUAGUGAGUUUGGCCAAUAACACUUUGCAAUUGUAUAGUAUGGAGGCUGCUUUCAAGAAAACAGGACACGAGGAAACUGUAAAACUUUUAAGAUCACUCAAUAGACAAGGUCAUCAGUCGGAAGUGCGCAGUGUUUGUUUCUCUUCCGAUUCUCUGGCUAUUGGUUCAGCUUCGGCUGAAUCUUUUAAAUUUUGGAACAGAGAAUCUAUGCAAUGUUUAAGAACUGUCUCAACCGAUUAUGUUUUAUGUUCACAAUUUGUGCCGGGAGAUCGUUAUGUGUUGUUGGGUCUUAAAUCUGGCAAAUUGCUGAUUAUAGAUGUGGGUUCAGCAGAUGUGGUGGAAGAAAUUCCAGCUCAUGACAGUGAGUUAUGGUCUAUUGCUUUGUUGCCUGAUCAAAAGGGUUGUGUUACCGGCAGCAGUGAUUCUACUGUAAAAAUCUGGACUUUUGAACUGAUAGAUAGUGCCCAGGACUCUAUGGAGGUAGAUGGCGCUGAUUAUAUACAACAAUCUAAGGUUUUAUCUCUACUGCAUAAAAAUACCUUUAAAUUGGAAGAAAAUGUUUUGUGUGUCAGAGUUAGUCCUGAUAUGAAGUAUUUAGCAGUUGGUCUUUUAGAUUCUACCGUCAAAGUGUUCUUUUUGGAUACCUUCAAGUUUUACCUCUCACUUUAUGGUCACAAAUUGCCAGUUUUAUGUAUGGAUAUUUCAUAUGAUGGCACUUUAAUAGCUACCGGCUCUGCUGAUCGUAAUGUCAAGAUAUGGGGCUUAGAUUUUGGUGAUUGUCAUAGAUCGUUAUUUGCCCAUGAUGAUUCUGUUAUGGGUUUACAGUUUAUACCCAAAACACAUAUGUUCUUCACCUGUGGCAAAGAUGGUAAUAUUAAACAAUGGGAUGCUGAUACUUUCGAAAAAAUCAUAACCUUGCCUGGUCACAUCGGAGAAGCCUAUAAUCUAGCCGUUAGUCCCAAUGGACGUUAUCUAGUAAGUUGUGGUUCCGAUCGUUGUUUACGUUUGUUUGAACGCACCGACGAACCUUUAGUAUUACAAGAUGUCCAAGAAGAAGAACGUGAAGAAAUGGAAAAUCAACAAUUAGCUACAGGAGUAGAUCAUACAGUACCUCUAUUGCCUGGCUUAAAACUAGCCUCACGUAAAACCGUAGGCUCAGAAAAGGCUGCCGAAUCUAUAUUAGAAUGUUUAGAAAUCUGCAAACAAUAUGAUGUUGAGGAAGAUGAAAAACCCGAUUUACAUCCAUUAAUGCGUGCCUUAAAUGUUAAUAAUCCCAAUGAUUUUGUGCUAGCCACUUUAGCACGCAUUAGAGCCUCGGACUUAGAAGAAGCGUUACUCAUUCUACCAUUUUCCAAUGUCUGUGAAUUACUCGAAAAACUACCUGGCGUUUUGGAACAACGUUCAGAUGAAAUUGAAUUAUUAUCCAAAGUUACCAUGUUCUUAUUUAGAGUCCAUAUGAAACCCAUCAUAGGAGCCAAACACAUGAAACCUUUAUUACAAACUCUGGUUAAAGCUUUGAAAAGAGAUGUGCAUUCUUUAAGAGAUACUAUUGGUUUAAAUCUACAUGGUUUAGCACUAAUACAACACGAUAUAGAAGAACGUGAGGGUGUAGAACUAUUUCGGGAAGCUACACAAGAACGCAAGAAACGUGAUAAGAAACGACGUGAAGGUAUUAAAAGACAACUUAUACAAAUGGCUUAAAGUUAUGCCGGUCAUUUUCUAUUCUCUUUCAUUAAUCUAAUUAUUUGUUUUUAAGUUUAUUUUAAAAUUGAAAAAAAUAAAUGAAAUUUAUAAAAAUGUAUAAACAUUUAUUAUACAAAAUACAAAGUUCUUUCACAG